UGGAUACCUCACUACCUCACCCCAAGCAUUUUCGCAGAGCUGUGUAUCGUGCUUCUGUGACUGUGUAGCCUAAGCCAAGGCCUAAUAAGUAUAAAAGAAAGAGAGAGGAAAAUACGGCUGUCUGAUGAGUCUGUGGUUUUGUGGUUUCACGCGUUCCCGAGAUGUUUAGCUUUAAUCUCGCUUUUGUGAAAAAAAGAUUGUAUUAAAAAAUAAAAGAACAAUAAAUUCGAUAGAAUUUAAACAACAACAAAAAGUACGUCUUGGGGCUGGAGUUGGGUUGAUGUGCGGCGAAAGUGACUGUUAUAACGAUCAAAACAAAACGUAGGCUUAGACUUAGAUUUAGAUCAUGUGAAAAGAUUCUUGCUUUUACAGUUCAUGUUGACGUUGUGAAAGCCUCGCUCGGAUAACAGCGCUCUGAUCUCUGGCAGCUGGGGCUGGGCUGAGUAUAAAUAUUAUUAUAGUUGUUUCCAACAGACUGCACAGUUCACGUCAAGAUUUAUUAUAGAGGCUUAUUAUAAGAAGACCUUGAACAGUUUCACUAAGAAUCUAGAUAUUAUAUCUAGAUAUCUUGAUCUAAUCUAGAUCUAGACAGUAAAUUCUAAUAAUUUUGUGGGAGAUUUACUCAGAUUCUGUGUAGGCCCUAGCCCUAGGCCUAUUAUAGUCAAGGCCAAGGGCUAAUCCAGCCCUACCAUGUUGACAAACAAAAAUACAAUGGGCGACGUUGUGAUCUGCCAAUUUAGCCUAGUAUUGACAGUCUAGGCAAAUCUGUUAUAGAUCGACAUCAUCGACUAGAAUCUAGAUUCUAGAUCUAGUUCUGUGAGAAAAUGCUUGUGCUGGAAGAUGAGAUCAUCCUGUCCACCCGACUGGGCAGCAGCUCGGUCCAGCUGUACCUGGGGGAUAUCACUGACCUUUCCAUUGAAAACAAAGUGGACAUUAUCUUCACGUCUGCUUUUCCAGGUGACUACAGUGCUGCUCACAAAACUACGCUGAUCCAUGCCCUCAAGAGCAAACUGGGCAUCAGUGUGAAUAAGCUGGCCAAAAACAAGGACCUUGACCUCAGGGCAUUUUUCUCCUGUUGGAUGUCUGCUCGACUCCCUGACCAUUUACCCUUUGGGAGGCUUGUCUGCUUUGAAAUUAACCGGGAUGGUGCCACAAUUGCCGACCAAAUGUCCAUGGUGUUCCGGGCCAUGAUGCCUAUCUUCAACGGCAACGAGAGUACAAUCAUCACUCCGAUAUUGGCCACGGGAUGUCAGCACGCCCCCCUGGAUGCAAUGCUGCGUGUGAUGGUCUCGAACGCCCUGUACUGGAUCCGGGCCGGCCUCCCUCUCAAGUGCAUCAAGCUGGUCCUGUACACCGCCAACCCGGACCGCGACCGACAGUUCCUGUACAAGUCCUCCAUAGAACAGUUUGGACUCAUCAAGAAGAAGUGGGAGUUCCGUAACACACAGAACGAGGCAAAAGAGACAUACGAUGUAUGUUUCUGCUAUGCCAAAUCGGAUGAGCAUUGGAUGACGGAUGUCUCUAGAACUCUUGUGUCUCGGGACCACUCACUCAAGAUGUACAAGGAACUAUUUAUAGCCAGCACUGAUGACUCUUGGCAAGAAGUUGUUUUCAAUAUUUUGUCCUGCUCCAGGAGAAUCAUCAUCAUCCUCACCCCAACGUUUGUCAGCGACCCGUUUUGCCUGGAGCAGUUCAGCCUUGGCCUGUGCUGUAACCGACUCAAGGGAGACAACGUGCUGAUUCCUUUCUACAUAGAGAGUGUCACUGUGUUCCCUAGCUAUAUGAACCUCAUACAGUAUACCGAGUGCAGAGCGAGAUAUGACGGGGAGACAGUGGAGGGGAAAAUCACCAGCGCCUGCGCCGAGCUAGUGACGACCUUGCAUACCGACACGGUGACCUCUGACCCUGCGGACGACCAGGGAGACGUGUCUGUGGUCAAGGAGAGCCCGAUCUACGACGUGUUUGUGUCCUACUCUCAUCGCAACCCUGAAAUGGCCAGGGCUUUGGUGGAACUGAUGGGCCGCAAGUACCCCGAGCUCUACGUGUUUUUUGACCGGAGCGAGCUCAAAUCAGGCAAUGUGUGGCAGCAGACUCUGUAUGAAGCUGUAGAUCGGACCCGCUGUUUUGUGGCCAUGUUAACAGACAGCUAUCUCAAGUCCUCUGUCUGUCAGGAGGAGUUUAACAUCGCACUGGCUCGAUACACUGCCAGGCACUUGCAGAUUGGAAAGAUCAAGGACACUCUGUCUCGGCACCGGAUGGCCGAAUUUAAUGAAAAGUACUUUUUCGACAAGGGGAAAGUGGUCGGCAAAAAAGAAAACACCUGGAUGAAACUGGACGUCACAGGUACGGUCACUUUCAGCUACGUCCACGACGGACUCAAAUGUGCCGCCAUUUUGUCCGAGCUGUUGAAGAUGGAGGCCCCGAACGUCUCCACCACACUUCUAAGCGGGAGUGAGGCAGCCGCCCGACGCGAGAUCGACAGCUCGGACAUAGUGGUGGCGUUUGUCAGUGACGAGUACCUGCAGUCUCCGCUACACAUGCAAGAGCUACACAUGGCCCUGUGUAAGCAGCGCGCGCUCAAGGACAGCACCGUGCUCUACCUGGUGAAGGGUGACCACUCGUCCCCCAGACCAUUCUACCCCCACCUGCUGCCCUUCAACGUGAGUCUGUCUGACCGCCACUGGGUGCGACAAGGGAAAAGGCUGACCAAUCAAACGUUCAAGUUCCUGGUGUACUGCGAGGGCAUGCAGGGAACGUACAUGUGUUCGUCGGCUCAAUACCUGGCUCUGCAGCAAGCUAAGGAGGAUAUCUUGGAGCUGCUCAUGUCUAAGGGCCAGGGUUCGAACUUUCAGACCAACGUGCUCAACGUGCUCAGUGUGAAAAACAGACUGGCAAACACUGAGCCCGAGGAUCUCAAGGUGGACCAGGUGGCGCUGUCAGUGUCAGAGCUGUCUCUUUCCCCGCUGGCCACGGACGAUGCCACAGACGAGAAAGACAACGAGGUCAACUACAUCGACGAUGAUGUUGAUGCAGACGCAGAUGAGGCCGAGACCGAGACGGACACAGUGGCUCAAGGUCAACAGACGACGGUGACCUCCGGGUCAGACACAGGUGGCAAAGCAGUGAUGACGGAAAUGAACGCUUUUUUCCAGCACGGAAAGUUGAAGAGUCGGUACAGCUACUUAGAUACGAGCGAUGCGGUGAACGCUGACGGCAAUCGUGCUCUGAAGAAACCCGCGGCCGUGGAACUGAAUGUUACGCAAUCAGCAGCACCACCAACGAUCUCACCUGCUACUGACAAAGCUGAUGGAGGGAAUCUUGUUCAAGGUCAGAGUCCAGGUCAGGACCAAGGUCAGAGCCCACAUCAGAACCAAGGUCAGAACGAUGGUGGGCAGGUGGAGGAGGACCGGAAAGUGGAAGUGUCCGUGACAGAUCAGCAAGAAAACUCGGGACUGGUGAGGAGAGCAUUACAGGAGAGAGACGCAUUACGCAGCAUCGAGAAGUUAAUGCUGGACAAGGAAGCAAGUCGGUCGUCUCGCUCCUGUGUUCUUUUGUGAACCCUCUCGCUAGUCGUAGAAUUCUUUGCACUGUACUGACUGAUAAUUCUUUUCACUGUAGGCCUUCUUUACACUGUACUGAUAAUUCUGUUCACUGUAUGUAAAACUGUACGUAUAAUUCUUUACACUGUGCGUAUAAUUCUUUAAACUGUACAGAUAAUUCUUUACACUGUACGUAUAAUUCUUUUCACUGUGCGUUGCAUAUAAUUCUACUCGCUCAUGAGAACACCUUCUUUUUAUGUAUAACUAGCCUGCCUAAUCGUUCUACGAACGGGAAAAUAUUAAUUGAUAUGUUGAAAUAUAUGAAUAUGAAUUGAUAUGUUGAAAUAUAUGAAUAUGUUGAAAUAUUUGAAUAUGAAUUGAUAUGUUGAAAUUUUGAAGUCCAUUUUGAGUUGCCUAUAUGUAUGCAGCCUUUAUUUCUUUGAUGUAUUUGUUAUGCGCUUGUAGACUGUCUUGUAACAUAUUGAUUACAUUGCGUUAAAGACUGCAGUCAUC